GAUGUUUUUUUGUGAAGUUUUGUUGUAUUACGUGGAUGGUCAUAUUAUAGUUUCUGUAUUGUUGGAUUUUAUAAUAUUGUAACUGUUAGUGUGUCCACUAUAUGUGGUUUAAAGUACGCAGUGAAUACGAGAGUAGUGGGAAUCGUGCUGCCAUCAUCGGGUGGUAAAAUUCACUUUCUUACUGCACCACUAAGUCAUCAAAUGCGAAAAAAGUUGAACACCCCCAAUGCGUAGGAGUUUAAUGAUUUGAAUGGGCAGAAUCCUGGAUUAUUUAAAAAAGAUAAAUUAAAAUGGAGCAGCGAGCGCUUUGGGUCACCUAUUUAUUGAUUAUAUUGACUCUGGCUAAUGAAAUGUCAUCCGCCGUCCAAGCCAGGGACAACACUAAACGCAGAACAAAAGAAAAAGGUGGCUUCCAGAAGAACAUUUGCGACAUCACCGACAGAGAUUCUAAAGUACACUGCUAUUGCGAGAACACAAGGGAACCAAGAAAUGCGACGAAAGCCGAGUGCUGGGUUUUCAACGGCGGCAUUCCUCGGGACGACCUCAUCUGGCAAAGUUUCGCGUCACAACCAACUUUGCAAACUUUGUCUUUCAACGUUCGAGUUGACGGCGCGUUAGGCUACGUGCCAACCAAAGCGCUUCAGUACUUACAAAGGCUUCGAUCCAUAAACAUAAAAUACGGAAACAUAGUCGACGUUGCCCCAUUCGCUUUAGCGAAUCUGACUAAUUUAAAAGAGGUUUCGCUGUCUCAGAACCAAAUAGAAACCCUCCAGCAAUACGCAUUCGCUUACCUCCCAAACCUGACUGUUAUCAAUUUGGAAGACAACAUGAUCCUCGAAAUUGGAAAAGAUUCAUUUUUCGAUCUUCCGAAACUACAAAAGCUGACGCUCACCAAAAACAACAUAACGACGAUUAGCAACGGAGCCUUCCAACACGCGUUCAAUCUGUUGGAAUUGGACCUGAACAAAAACAGCAUAUUCCAUUUGAACCGUCACACGUUUGAUGGAUUGGCGAACUUGCGGAAAUUGGAUCUCAGGAAGAAUCGCAUUUACAAUUUGACCGAGUUCACGUUUGCCGAAUUGUGGAAUUUACAAGAGUUGCUUUUGGGAAAGAAUGAAAUAAAGUACAUAUCGGCACGGGCGUUUGACGGACUGUCCCAGCUCCGGAAGCUGUCCCUCGAUGACAAUAAACUCGCCGUCAUCCCCUCUGGCCUGUUCGAAGGAGUUAGAGGCCUGAGCGCCCUCGAUUUGCGUUCGAAUGAACUGCACGCGUUAACUUUCGACAACAUAAAACCCAUAUUGGAUAAUUUGAAACCCCUAAACAGCAAUUUGCUUCUCGAAGAGAACAACUUCGUUUGUGACUGCAGGCUGAAAUGGAUGCAUUCAUUACGCAACGAGACGAAAAGUCAAAGCACCAAGGACUCUCUUGACGGAGUUACAUGUAAAAUGGAUACGCCCAUAGUUAGUUCUGCAUACAACAAGAUGUCCGACGAUACGAAGAUUAACUACAGCUUGGAAAUAUUGCACACCAGCGCCACUGUUGAAGUAGUGGACAAAUUUAACACUACAGAUAGAAAACUCGAUGAGAACGAAAGCAGCGAAGGUAAAAAGGGGGUAAAGAGGAACGUGCUAAAGAUUCCAGCGGAAACGUUGCCUUGCCCGAAAGAAACAAUGACCACCACAGAGAGCCCACCUUUUAUUGUAGACCCAGUUAUACCAAUACAGAACGAGAUGAAAACCUUUCGAUUUCACGAAAUGAACUCCGCUGAACGGGUGUCCCUUACCAGCAUUCUAGUCAUGAGUGUGUCUUUCAUUUUUUUUAACACUUAGGUUUUAUGGUCAUGCAAUUCUAGUCAUUAUGAAUGAGACAUAGACUUUUAAUCUAACAAAUGUAUAUAAUGAUUGUGAAAUAAAGGCUAAUAAACAGGACAUAAAAUCAAUUAUGUAUAACAAGAAAAUUAAUUUAACUAUUUCAUUCAUAGAAAAAGGUUUUCCGAUAGAUGUUAAUUAAGAGAUUAUUCUAGGGUAAUAAUAAAGAACAGUAUUGUAAUAUAACCUCCCAUCUUGUAAAUAAUAUUAAUUAUAAUACAUAGAACGUAACAUUAUAAAGCAUUACGUAAGAAUUUUAUAUACUUAGCCGAGUUAAAUUAUUUAAUAUGUUUAUUAAUUUAAUUUAUGUUUUAUACAUUCUAAACAUAUUAUCAAUUCUAAUGCAGUGAAUCAUAAGCCGUUAUUUUCAAUGGAAACAUUACGUUGAAACUUAAAAUGUAUGAUUAAAUUAACUAUUUAUAAGUAAAAGUGAAUGUUCAAUAUAAUUAGUAUAUUUUAAGUGAGCUUAUGAAUUGAUCUAGUCAAAAUAUUUAUAUCAUUGAUAAUAUAAUUUUAAAAUGUUUUAUAAUAAUAGGUGAAAAGUAUGUAAAAUGAGGGGUCACUGUUACUUGAAACAAAUUGAAAGUGAAGAAAAAACUGUUUCAAUUACAAA